AUGCAAAACCUACCGCAUUUUGUUUCGUUCCAGAUGAACGAGAUGAGGAACAGUUAUGUCGAUGCAAACAAUAGGAUAAUCGAGAAAAUGGACUUAAUGGCUGAGGAAUUCGUGAAUGAAAUGGGCAUGCUACCUGAAAUAUCAGAAGGCGUAAAAUCGUAUAUUGAGGAUUGCAUAAGGCACAUGCGAGAGAUUGUUGUUGACCAUGUGGGAAUGGCAAUAUGUGAGUUUAAGGCUGCAUAUAAUCCAUGCGAAGAAAGCACAAAAUCAAGAAGGUUUCCAAAGUUCAUCACUGACGAGCUUGAGAGAAGCUUCGAGGCCGAUUAG